AAAAGUAUUUCCAUCAUGGCUCAUUCAAAGACAAGGACCAAUGAUGGAAAGAUUACUUAUCCUCCUGGUGUCAAGGAAAUCUCAGAUAAAAUAUCUAAAGAAGAAAUGGUGAGACGGCUAAAGAUGGUUGUGAAAACUUUCAUGGACAUGGACCAGGACUCUGAAGAAGAAAAGGAGCUUUAUCUAAAUCUAGCUUUACAUCUUGCUUCUGAUUUUUUCCUGAAGCAUCCUGAUAAAGAUGUUCGUUUGCUCGUAGCCUGCUGCCUUGCUGAUAUUUUCAGAAUUUAUGCUCCUGAAGCUCCUUACACAUCCCCUGAUAAACUAAAGGUAAGUACUGGUUUAAAGAACUGCCAACAUUGGGAAUCUGAGUUCUCUAACUAAAAUGGGAGUUAAAAUAUUUAAAUAAUUUCUUUGGAUUCUUUCACAUUAGCACAGCAGUCUUUUGUUAAGCUUCUGUUUUCUUUAGAAUAUACUCUUGAAAAAUAAUUUCUGAUUCUCAAAAUAAGAUAAAGACAGUGUAUACUGUCUUUUUAAUAUUAUAUCAUCAUUAGGUCAGUUUUUUUCAGUGUCAUUUGAGGUACUUCCUUUCCCUUUUGCAAAUCUAUAUUGAAGACCAUAGUUAUUAUUUAAAGACAGCAUCACAACCAAGUAGGCUUCAUCCCAGGGAUGCAGGGGUGGUUCAACAUACGAAAAUCAAUAAACGUAAUAAACCACAUUAACA